AUGGAGUCUUUACUCGCUGGCGUGCCGCGUCUCGCGGUUGGUGAAUAUUUCCUACUAGGCACAUCCUCUGUUAUCCUCGCCGUAUGUGUCACUCUUUACCAAGCUGUUUACACUCUUGGGGAAUAUAGCGAUUCGGGCUUGCCGUUAGCUGGAGAGCCCCCUGGAAAGAAGACCUUCAGCCUCCGGACGCGUCUAAGAUAUUACUAUGACGCUGCUGCUUUGUAUACUGAAGCCUACCAAAAGUAUGCGAAGCAGGGAAAGGCUAUCUUGGUGCCGGGCUACGGCUCUCGCGCUGACUUGGUCCUGCCCGAAAGCUCAGUCGAAUGGGCCAUAACACAACCCGAUGCAACUCUCAGCUUGUCGCAAGCAUUCCUUCAAGCCAAUCAUUCAACUUACAGUCUCGGCCACUCCAGAUAUUGGGGGGAUGGGUGGCAAUUUUCUUUGGUGAAGACCCAGCUAAACGACAUCUUAUCCACCCUCAUUCCCGCGGUACAGGAUGAGCUUCAUCACGCCAUGCCCAAGUACUUUGGCACCGAAACCCAAUCGUGGAAAGAGAUUGACGUGGGAACCUCCGUCCAGAUGCUUGUGGGGCAGACCUCCAGCCGUUUCAAUGUCGGACUCCCGCUCUGCCGCAAUGAAGAGUACCUAGAUCGGACCCAGAAGAUCAUCAAGGGAGUCAUGAUUACCGCAAUCGCCGGAAACGUCUUCCCAGGCUUCCUGCUGCCCAUUGUCGGUCGCCUCACAAGCUUGCAUACUUGGUACAACAUCAGUCGGGUCAAAAAACAUCUCAAGCCGCAGUACACCGAACGCCUGGCGGCUCUGGGAAAGGAAAAGGAGGAUCAACCCCAGGACCAACUCCAAAUUAUGAUGCGAUUUGCACAGAAGAAGCGCCCACAGGAAUUGAACGAUGUCAACAUCAUGGCCACGCGUCUAGUCGCCGCCAACUUCGUUGCCAUGCAUCAGACUUCCGACACGCUUACCACUAUGCUGCUCAAUAUCAUGGACUCCGACGCCAAAUACAACACCAUCGAAGUUCUGCGCGAAGAGGCCAAGCGCGUCCUGGGCAACGGUGAAGUCGGUUGGAAUAAAGAAAAUUGCGCGGCUAUGACCAGCUACGACAGUGUGGCCCGCGAGACCAUGCGCUGCAGCUUCCCGUUCGGCACCCGUGGUCUACUUCGCAAGGUUAUGAAAGACGACGUCGUCACGAACCUCGGAGUGCCGCUCAAGAAAGGCAGCAUCGUGUCUUUCCUCGCCUCGGCCGCACAGAUGGACCCUGGAAAGUAUGAGAAUGCCCUCGAAUUCGACCCGUGGCGCUUCUCACGCGUGACCGAGAAAGACCGCAAGGAGAAGCCGGGCGAGGAGUUUCCCGUUACCUCAACCGGCCACCACCCGCAGGCUUUUGUGACGACCUCGCCCGAAUAUCUCACCUUUGGGCACGGCAAGCACGCUUGCCCCGGUCGCUUCCUCGUCGAUUUCGAGCUGAAGAUGAUUGUAGCCUACAUACUUCAGCACUACGAUCUCAAGUUCCCCGACGAGUGUAAAGGCAGGGCCCCACCCAUGAAGCAUGUAGCUGAGCUGAACAUGCCGCCUCCGGGGGCCAGGAUCCUGGUCAAGAAACGCGUCUUGUAG